UAUGUCUAUAUCUUCUUUUGAAUUAUAUAAACCUCAUUUAUCCUAUUCUCCUCUGUUGAAUGUCUACUUUUAUCCCGACUCAUGUCAGGCAUGUAUACCUUAGAACGAAGCAUUGCGAUACGGCGACCCGUAUGCAGAAAAUUACGCAUCGUAUGAUACGCAAAUAGCUUGGCGCAGCUCCUGAAUAUGCCAGCCAUACUUUUCUCUUAUUCAGCACUUUCAUUCAACGUUUCAUUGAAUUUUGUCUAGUCAUAGGCGUUACUUUGUCCGCACAGGGUGUCUACGAGUACUAUUCUGCUCAUGCGUCCCGCGCUCACUGAGCAUGUCGAUUGUCGCCGGUGUUUCCUUUCGACAGGUCGAAACAGCUGUCGAAUGUCGCUAGCUGUCUAUCGAAUUCCAAUACAAGGUUGUGUGGUUGACAGUCGAUGUAACCUCAAAAAUAUUAUUCAAAAAUAACAGUUAAAAACGUCAGUCUCCAUCUCUUUGGGAUUAAUAUUCUUCAUACAGGGAAGAAAUGUUAUUCUACUCGUUUUUCAAAUCGCUUGUCGGCAAAGACGUUGUGGUGGAGUUGAAGAAUGAUUUGAGUAUAUGCGGGACCCUUCACUCCGUGGAUCAGUAUCUGAAUAUCAAACUCACAGACAUCAGUGUAACGGAUCCAGACAAAUAUCCUCAUAUGUUGUCAGUAAAGAACUGUUUCAUCCGUGGUUCAGUUGUGAGGUAUGUUCAGCUUCCUGGAGAUGAAGUUGACACACAGUUGCUGCAAGAUGCUGCACGGAAGGAAGCAGCUGUUCAAACUCGAUAACAAUGCAGUGACUGAAUUAAGGACAAUGUGCAUCACACGCAAUGAUCCAGUGAUGUUUGAAGUACAUAAUGUCGAUUUCAGUUUUCCCACGAUGAAUUGAUUGCAGAGGUUUAAUUUAUUCUAGUGUAAGCUCUGAAUAGGAGUUCAUUACGCUUUAAUUGAUGAACAAUUACGCCCUGUAUUUUUUCGAAAUAUAAACAAUAGGGUAAGACAUAAUUGUAAGAGUCCACAAUAAAGAUUAUUUUGUACAAAUUA